UUUUUUGUGCGACCGACCACGGGCACGGGCUCGCUCGCCAGUUCCCAUUGUUUUCCGCCGCUUCUGUGUGUGUCUCGGCCUGCUCCUCUGCCUCUGCCUCGGCCUCGACCUCGGACUUCGCCAACGACGUAUCGCAUCACGUAGGUGGGAUUGCACCAGCAGGUAGACGGAGUUCGCCCACCCUAUGACGACGGUGUUCCUAGAAGAAGCAUGACGUGCCGCUUCGUGAUGCGACAUUGCUCCAGGUCGGCAGUCUGAGAGCAACGACGACGGCCGCCGCGGCGGCGCCGAGUAGCAGAAGCAGGAGCAGGAGGAGGAGAAAGAAGAGAAGGUUAUACGUAGGGUCCGCUGUACCCGCGUCCGCAUGAAAGGUCGGAGCUGCGGCAAAAUCAAGAGCGAGACAAUGCCGCCAUCCUCGCACACCAACUGGACGAGGCCGCUACUCAAAGGCGGACAAACCAUGCAGAUGCAGGCGAAACAGCAGUCCACGACAACAACGACGAUGACGACGGCGGCGGUGAUGGCAACGACAACGACGUCGUCGUCGGCGGCGGCGGCUGCUGCUGCUGCUGCUGCUGCUGCUGGUACUGGCGCCAGUGUCAGUGUAGCUCAGAAUCAAAACGACGCAGCGACGCCACUCGACAAACGGAUCAAGGUGGUCCUGGUGGGUGACGGCGCCGUCGGCAAGACCAGUUUGGUGGUCUCCUACUCUACUAAUGGCUUCCCGGGAGAAUAUGUGCCAACUGCUUUCGAUAAUUAUAAUGUGGUUGUUAAUGUUGAUGGUCAGCCACUGAAUGUCCAACUGUGCGAUACAGCAGGCCAGGAUGACUUUGACCCUUUGCGUUCAUUGUGCUAUCCUGAAACUGAUGUGUUUCUAGUUUGCUUCAGUGUUGUAUGUCCUUCAUCCUAUCACAGCGUGGCUUCUAGAUGGAUUAAUGAAGUGCGGAAAUACUGCCCAAAUGCUCCAAUUAUCUUGGUAGGAACAAAGUGCGAUCUGAGAUCAGACGUACGUCUGAUGCUACAACUUGCCAGAUUCGGCCAAGCGCCGAUCACCACUAUCCAGGGUCACCAGUUAGCGCAUAGGCUAAGCGCUGUAAAUUACGUGGAGACGUCUGCGUUGACGCAACACGACCUCAAGGAAGCCUUCGACCAGGCGAUAGUCAGUGCCCUCAAUACGAGGCGCGGCGGUGCUAGUUUACUAUACCGGCGUAGGAAGCCGCCCCCGCUGUGGCGUAGAUGGUUGUGCUGUUGGGGACGGUCGUCUUCGAGCGAGACCUAAACAAGAUCCUACGUGAUAGACUAUAACUUCUUUAGAAUCCCUCUGUGAUCAUAGGCGGCUGUCGUCCGCCACUGUCAGAAUCGCACUCGUAUGCAUGACGUAUUUGAUAGCUACGUUCUCUCGUUGACGAUUAUCCUGACAGGUAGAGAGCAGCUAGUAUUUUGUUAUUUAGAUUUUAGAUGAGCGGACAACAAAGUCUUGUUUCAGUUCGCGCGACGAUUGCGCGAAUGAGCGACUAAAAGCGACGUGUCUUGGUAUUGAUCGCUCUGGCCAAGUCUUACUGGCCGUUCUGACUUCUACCAAUAGAUCCGUCGCGCACAAUCAAGUUAAAAUGACAACUCUUGAGUACGCGGCGCGACGUUCUAUCGCAGCCGAAUUCACCUUCGCAAGUCACACAGAGCCUUCGAUCAUUUUACAUGUUUCCGCACGUUUUACGCGUACGAAGUAUAACAAACUGCCUAAUAACGCCCAAGGUUACGACGUUUACAAUGUCAUGCAGCAUCGUGCCAGCACUAAUGACUCAGCAGCAGCCUAACUCGCGCAAAUCGAUGAUGAUCUGUGUUCGAGGAUUACGCGACGCUUUUGCGCGACUUGCGAAUAUCCCGAAGCUACGUCGGGAGCACGCGGCACGUGAUAAAUGUUAGACGAAUCACGACAGAUGACACACGUUCUGACAGACGGAGCGAGCGCCGCCCGUAAAAUUCCUGAAGCCGCACCCGGCAUAAUUUAUUAUAAUAUUAAUCGUAUUAAUCAUUAUUUUUGUUACUAGCAUGUAAUUGGCUACUCGCUGGUUGUGAUUUUUGUACGUAAUAUCUGUUUUCAUUGUCGCGGUAAGAUCAGUUCUUUACUGCCUUCCCGCGCCCUCCCCCUCCCCCAGCCCUCUCACCCUUCGAGGAUAAUUAAGCGGAGCCAUCGCGCCCCUCUACGACCACACGUGGCGUAUAACAAUUGUAUAUUUUUUACUUGUUGCGACGACGUGCAUAUAUAUAAAUAUAUUUAUUUUUUAAUAUCUCUUUGAUAUAUAUACAUAUAUGUACAUCGGUAUUUUAGUAGAAGUAAAAAGUAGCUUUAAUCGCCAUUCUCGCAAACCUAGUGACAUCACACCUAUAUAAAUACAUGGACAUAAUUUAUAUGCGAAUAAUAUAAGGCUACGGUAACGGAGCAAUGAUAUUUCGUAUAACAUGUUUUUUAUAUAAAUUUAUGUGAUGUAGUAGUGUUUGUACGAACGCGAUAGCAGUAACAAUAUAGGAGAAAAUAUCAAACGCGAUAAUAUUAUAACGAAGAGUGUAGAGAGAUGCGCGCGAAUAGACCCCGACGUUAACUCGACGAUCCAGGCGCACUCGAAGUCGGUAGAGAAAAAAAAACUCGCUGUGAUCUUACCUGAAACUGUCUUCUGAAGGUUCUCUGUAUGUCACAUACGGAAUUGUGUAUGAAUAAGACUGCAGAUAAAAUUCAAAACUGUUCUGCAUAAUGCGUAAGCUUAACUCGCUGUAACACUUGGUUUCUAUCAAGGCGCAUCAAAAAUAAAUUGUAUAUAAGUAUUUAUUCAUCAAAUACGAGAACCGCCUCUCUAUCAUUUGUGAUAUAUUAAAAGUCCGUAAUUAGCGAUAA